AACUAUGGGCAUUCAACUUUUGCAUGGACGAAGACAAUAUAUCAUUUUCAAGAUUUUUCAAGGUCAACCACUGGUCUCACUCCUCUCCACUUGUAGUAAUUUUUCACGUGGAAGAGUUUUUUUUAAAAAAAAAAAAACUUUUAAAAAUCCAAAUCAUAUCAUAUUAUUCAAAAAGCACAAUAAAAUAACCAAUCUUGAGAUUCAAAAACUGCAGCUUAAGAAGCACCCCGGCUUCUUCCACCUCUCCGCAAUCCUGUAACUCUCUGUUCGCCCUCCUUGAGAUCUUCACCUUUGGAUCCUAUUUCUUCAUUUCACUUCAGGUCCCUUCUCUAUCCCUUGCUUCGCUCUUUCUGAUAAUUUUUUCUCUUUCUCCCUCUUUUAAGUUUUUAGUGUUUGUACUAAAAAGCUACCCUUCCUGUUUUAUAAAUGCCUCCCUGUUUCUUUUCUUCACAAUCUCUGCAUUUUCUCAUCAUUUCGUUUCCCUUUACUUCGCUUCGCCAUUCGCUCUUAAUUUAAAUUGCUAUUGUUCUUUUCUCUUCUUAAAUUUCCAAAUAACAUGGCUUCUAUCAUCAGUUCCUCUAAUAAAAAACCUUUCUUGAUUGGGAAAAAGCCUUUGAUGCUCAAGGAUUACCUUAGGGAUGAUCUCAGCUCCUGUUCCUCCAAUGGCUUCAAAUCCUUUCCCCGCCGACAAUGCUGCACCACUGUCCGAUUUCUACUCGAGAUCGAUCUCAAUACCAACACCAAACAUCAACGUCGGCAGUUUUUUAAAAGAAGCAGAUCAUCUUCUACGACAAUAUCUGCUCCUCACAAGGCAUCGGAGGCCGUCAUUAAUGCUGUUAAGCUGCUUUCUUUUCCUUUCUCAUCUUCUUCCUCCAUGAAAUCUUCAUCUCCGUUCCUACACAACAAAAGCAGAAAAGGAGGAUUUCUUCUGCCCCGAAGCUUUUCGCGGAAGCUGCUCGAGAAAAGCUUCUGGAUGAAAGCUGAUCAAAAAGAAAGAGAAGGCAGCGAGAAACAACGGUGGAGAUUGUUCCAUGAGUUCCUCCAGGAAAGACAUGAACCAUUCGAUCACAACAUAAAUCGCAACUCCACCUCCCGCGUUACAACCGCGUUUACCAACAGCAGACUCUCAUCGAGUUCAAGCAGGAACAGCAACAGCAACAGCAACAGUCCUAGUUGGACUGACAGCGAAUUUACUGGUCACAGCGGUAAUUCAGAGAGUUACAAUUACAUCAACCAAAACGCCGCUGCAGAAGGGCUGAAAGGUUUACCCAGCGAGAAGAUUGCCAGCAAGGGAGUAGGCGUAACAGCCGGUCAGGAUUCCAUCACCGUCUCGGUGGAAAAAAACACAAAGGAGUGGCCUACUGAGGUGGUCAAAGAGCAAUUUAGUCCUGUGUCUGUGCUGGACUGUCCAUACGAAGAUGAAGAAGAGAAUAGCUCUGCUUCCCAGCGUAGUCUUGUCCGCAUGGAAGGAGCCCACCAGAAAUUUAUGGCAAAGAUCAGAAGGUUUGAGAGCCUUGCUCAGGUAAAUCCACCGAACUUGGAAAAUCAAAUGGAAUUGGCAGGGUUAGAGGAUGAAACCCUUAAAUCCCCUGUAAAAGUUUAUUCAUUGUCAGCCCACAGCAACAUGUUCAGUGAUGGUAAAGAAGAAAUAAGGGCUCACGAACUUCUUAAGCUCGUAAAAGGACCAUCGAAUCAUCGCCUGAUAUCUAAGGCAGACAUCGUAUUGUUAGACUUCUUCAGAGAGAAAAUUAUGGAAAACAUACCAAGUGUUAGCAUGUUUGAAGGAUACAAUAAAUAUUUGGAGAAAGAGUUAGAAGUAGCACAAGAUUGGAUAAAUGGGCACCCACAAGAUAUGCUUUUAGGGUGGGAGGUGAAGGAUAGCAGGACUGUCUACGUUAGAGAUAUGGAGAGGAAAAGGAAGUGGAAAAAUUUUGAUGAAGAAAAACAAGAUUUGGUUUUAGAAUUGGAGCUUGAGGUCUUUACUUCUUUGGUGAACGAAGCCAUACUUGAUCUCCUUCUCCCAAGCUAAUUAAUUUCAUUAUUAGUAGAACAAAUAUUGGAUAACUCAAGGUUGUUUUUACUCAUUUGGAGGCAGGGCAUUUAGCUUGAAUGAUCAAAAGCCACCUUGAAGCAAGCACUUUGAAAGCAUCAGAAUUUUGUCCUAAUUUUUGCUCUCCACGGAUCUAAACCAAAUAAACUAUUAUGGCCAGCUGAGGACAAAUGUAAUGCUCCAAAUUUCAUAAGAAUGAACGAAAAUCAAAUUCCCUUA